CUCGGUCGAAGGCCGCCUGGGUUGGGUUUAGCGUUCGCCGUCAAGUCGUCCCAAGAGUCCCUCUGGCGAAUCCCAGCCGUCCCUGGCGGCCAUGCAGCUCUCCAUCUUGCCUCUCACUUCUCCAUCCUAAGCGCCGGCCUCGUGGUGGUCACACCUCUGCAGGUUGCACACGAAUGCCUAUUCUUAGGUGGCCCGGCGCCCAGGCCCCUCCAUUCGACUGGAGAGGUCGAAGACAUCUUGCCCUCUCCUCCUGAGUCUGAACGUAAACCUCCCCCGAUGCACUCUACAUCUACCUCGACGACAAUAUGAUGAAAGAAGUGCAUUUGCGCGCUGACAGAUAACAUCAACGCGCCGCCGCCGCCGCUGCUCGAGUUGCAUGCUACCAGAUCCUGGUCCGGGCCGAAACACCAGAUCGGCCACGCUGCACCCCCGGUUCUGGUCAUCUCUAACGCGGCUCGUCUCAACUCUUCCACUACUAGUGUGUCGCAUUGCUCUGCCAGUCUGACAGCACCAGACCUUGGUCCCAUCUGACACGGGCUCUCCCCUAAGCGAAACCCUUUCCAACGUCUGAUCUACCUCCUCGGCAGGGACACCUCCCAGACUAGGGCUUGGCCUGGCCUCUGCCCUGACCUCGUCCCAAAACCCUCGUUAACCCGGCUGUGGCGGGCAACUUUGCUCCCGUUGACUCGAUCUAUGGGACCAAAAGAGGGCUGGAAUCCGCAAGUGGAUUAGACGUUUCAUGGACGAACUGACAUCCGAACACUGGAUUUCAGGGUCAUUGAGACUACCAGAGUCUGAUCUAGGGGGAAUUGGCCGUUUCUGCGCGCUCUCUGGAUUGGGCUUAGACUGCUCUCAUUGGUCUUCUGGGCCACACUGGACGUGGUGUUUCGUCCUCGGGCCUUUAUGACUACCCCCUCCGCCCACUAUCAAAGUCUCGGCAACCUUUAACCUCUCUACUCCCCCCUCGACGGCCCAGGCUGAAGUACUGUCCAUUUACCACGAGCCUUUUUUUCCUUGGCAUUCUUUCCUUUCAGUCGCUGCUGGCUCAGAUCGCUCUUUAAUUCAUCAACAACAUCGAGCCGACUUGUCUGUUCGAAUCUCUUGUCCGGUAUAGAAUAUUGUAAUAAGGGAAAGGUGGAUCCGAGGCCGACUCGCUUGGGAUUCUUGCCACGACGCGCACCGAUUUUCGACGAGGUCACCACCAGCCAAAUUCACAACGAGCUGCCCAUACGUCGCCGGUCGACUAAGUAAUUCGCUUUUUGCUGGGGAAAGAAGAGGGAGGAUCCCCGACGGCAUUCAAGAUGGGCUACGGCACGUUGGUCAAGAAGCAGUUUACUGUUCCGAAACUGUCCUUCUACUUCAUUUUCUGGGGCAUUCACUUUUUUCUGUUCGGCUAUGGAUGGUAUAAGCAAGCAUCCGACCCUCGACUCGCCGGUCUCAACGGUCUCCAGUUCUCCGUCUGGAUCUCGCGUGGUGCUGGAUUGGUAUUGAGUUUCGACGGUCUGUUCAUAUUGCUUCCAGUAUGUCGGACACUGGUGAGAUGGCUUCGACCCAAGAUCAGGUUCAUCCCUCUGGACGAGAACCUGUGGUUUCAUCGUCAGGUCGCAUAUGCAAUGCUGUUCUUCACCGUUGCACACGUCACUGCUCACUACGUCAACUUCUUCAACGUUGAGGUAACGCAAAUCCGACCGGUUCUCGCCCUGCAGAUCCACUAUGCCCAGCCUGGCGGUAUCACCGGCCACAUCAUGCUUCUCUGCAUGCUUCUGAUGUAUACAACUGCGCACCACAGAAUCCGACAGCAGUCAUUCGAGACCUUCUGGUACACCCACCACCUCUUCAUCCCUUUCAUCCUUGGACUCUACACGCACGCAGUCGGCUGUUUCGUGCGUGACAGCGCCAACGCGUUCUCGCCUUUUGCCGGGGACAUCUUCUGGACUCACUGCAUCGGAUACCAGGGCUGGAGAUGGGAGACCUUUGGCGGUGGAAUCUACCUUAUGGAGCGUCUGUACCGUGAGAUCAGGGCCCGCCGUUCAACCAAGAUUACUCGUGUUGUUCGCCACCCCUAUGAUGUCGUCGAGAUCCAGUUCUCGAAGCCCUCUUUCAAGUACAAGGCCGGACAGUGGCUCUUCCUGCAGCUGCCUUCCGUGUCCAAGUACCAGUGGCACCCGUUCACCAUUACCUCGUGCUCCUACGACCCCUAUGUCUCUGUCCACGUCCGCCAGGUUGGUGACUUCACGCGGGCGCUUGGUGACGCUGUUGGUGCCGGUGGCGCACAGGCCAAGCUGUACGAGGGCGUGGACCCGAUGGGAAUGUACGAGGUGGCGCUGCAGAACGGACAGCAGAUGCCUGCGCUCCGGAUCGAUGGACCUUACGGUGCACCUGCCGAGGACGUGUUCGACAACGAGAUCGCGGUGCUGGUCGGCACGGGUAUCGGUGUGACGCCCUGGGCGGCCAUCCUGAAGAACAUCUGGCACCUGCGCAACAGCCCGAACCCGCCCACACGUCUUCGCCGAGUCGAGUUCCUGUGGAUUUGCAAGGACACCAACUCGUUCGAGUGGUUCCAGACCCUCCUGUCGUCGCUCGAGCAGCAGUCCACCGAGGCGGCCCGCAUCCCGGGCAGCUCGGGCGUCGAGUUCCUCAAGAUCCACACCUACCUGACGCAGAAGCUGGACCAGGACACCAUGAACAACAUUGUGCUGAACUCUGUCGGUGCUGAGGUGGACCCUCUUACCGAGCUCAAGGCCCGUACCAACUUUGGUCGACCCGAUUUCUGCAGGCUGUUCACUGGUAUGAGGGACGGAAUCCUGGACCGCUCGUACCUGAACGGUCUUGAGGGUAGCAUGAGGACGACCGUCGGUGUUUACUUCUGUGGUCCCUCGGCAGCUGCUCGCGAUAUCAAGAAGGCAUGUAAGGCCGCCACUGUCCGUGAGGUCGACUUCCGUUUCUGGAAGGAACACUUCUAGACGGGGCCAUUUUGCUUGUCUCUUUUUUAAGAAAAAGGGAAAAAAACACCAUGUCAUGUCUAUGGGGUGUCGUCACAAUCCACGCAUUCCCAAAACAUUAUACCACGACGCAUGAUGGGCUGGAUGAAACCGGGGGCUUCCGAUACGGCUGAAACCCACCAGAGGAGAGCGGACCGGGGGAGACUCAUGGACACGGACCACAGGCACAGGCAGCAUCUGUGGUGGUUGCAUCAACAAAGCGCCCGAACUUGGACGUGGAGAACGGGUGGGGCUUGAGUAGAUGGUUUUUUGAACUGGUGGCACUGCCAGUUUUUUGUCAAAAAUAUCAACGGUCUGUCUCGACCCAACUUGGGCGACGGGGAGAUCUGCGAGUUGAUUUUCCUUGGAUUUCAAGGUCGAGGGGAUCUCUUGUCCAUAAUGUUCUUCCUGUCAAUCAACUCGUCAAUUACUAUUUUUUUUUUCUUCUCGUCAAUUACCAUUCUACAUAAGACAAUGCGAGAAUUUGCAAAUUUAUCAUCAGUCUUGGUCCCGAAUAAAAUAGGCAUCUACCAACUAUCCUACUCUGGAGCAGUGACAGCGGGCGGGUAAGGCAGAAUGGAAGAGCGGAACGGAAAGAGAGAAUGGGCAAAAGCCAGUCCCACAAUGGGAGCGGCGGAGCGGGACGCAGUCAGUGGUGGGCGGCGGUGUUGCUCGCCUGCUUGCUUGCCUUGC